AUGGCACGGCGCCCUUUCGUUCUUGUUCUGGUUGCGCUCUCGUGCUUUGCCGGAUUUCUCGAAGCGAGCCCCGGCGAUGCCGAUCCGAUUUACAAGUCUUGUCUUGAAGAAUGUGAAAAAACAGGUUGUGUGGGCAACAAAUGCUUUCAACACUGUAAUUUUUCAUCUGAUGGAACUCCCGUUGAUGGGCCGUGGUAUCUGCAGGAGCCACUUUAUGUACAGUGGAAGCAAUGGGACUGCCGUGGUGACUGUCGUUAUCAUUGUAUGUUCUCUCGAGAAGAUGAAAGACAAAAACUUGGCUACAGGCCUGUAAAGUACCAUGGGAAGUGGCCAUUUAAGCGCAUUUUCGGAAUCCAGGAACCAGUUUCUGUGGCUUUCUCGGCAUUAAAUCUUGCUGUACAUUUUCAUGGAUGGGUAUCUUUUUUCAUCCUUGUGAACUACAAACUGCCUUUUAAGCAAAAUAAGAAGACAUAUUAUGAGUACACAGGCUUGUGGCACAUAUAUGCAAUCUUUGCUAUGAACGCGUGGAUCUGGAGUGCAGUUUUCCACAGUCGAGAUGUUGAUUUGACUGAGAAACUGGAUUACUCAUCUGCCGUGGCAUUGCUUGGAUAUUCUCUCAUUCUGGCCAUAAUACGAGCUUUCAAUGUGAGACUUGAGGCUGCCAGGGUCAUGAUUGCUGCCCCAUUACUUGCUUUUGUGACAACCCAUAUCUUGUAUUUAAAUUUCUAUCAACUUGACUAUGGAUGGAACAUGAUAGUAUGUGUGGCAAUGGGUAUAGUCCAGAUUGCCGUGUGGGCAAUUUGGGCGGGCUUCACUAAUCACCCUUCCCGUUUGAAAUUGUGGGUAGUCGUGAUUGGAGGAGCAUUUGCCAUGCUCCUAGAGAUAUAUGACUUCCCUCCAUACAAGGGAUUCGUUGAUGCUCAUGCUCUUUGGCAUGCAUCAACAGUCCCUCUUACUUACUUGUGGUGGAGCUUCGUUCGGGAUGACAGCGUGUUUCGAACCUCCAUCCUCAUGAAGAAGCAAAAGUAG